AUGAAUUGCAAAAUCAUGAUUUUGAGUGCGGUGACCCAUUUCAUAUUUUUUCACCCUGGUGUGCAAAAGGACCAAAAACACCGCGAAAUGACGUAUUCAAUCCUUUAUAGAAACAUAAAUGUUAGUAAGAGAGGAACAGUCGUGCUGGAGAACAUUAAUCUUGGUGUAAGGGAGCAUAAGCUGACGGCAAUCAUGGGAUCAUCUGGGGCAGGCAAGACGAGCCUGCUGAAAGUGUUGAGUGGACAUGAGAUAAGUGGUGAAAUCCUUAUGAGAGGUGAUACUAUAAAAGAUACGCGGUUUAUUGAGAUGGAUGACGAGGAUUAUGCUGAUGAGGAUCCAUCCGCACCAGAUAUGCAGGACGGAAGAUCGCAGUCAUUAAAAAGUAACGGUGUUUUUUCGUCGAUGUACGGCAUCGAUACGCUGAAAGACUUUAGACUGGUGGACAACACCUACAUGAGAAACGUAUCGGCACUCGUCUACCAGUCCGAUGUCUUGCCUUCCUUUUUCACUGUUAACGAGUAUCUCACCUUUCUCUGCAAGCUGAGCGGAAGACCACUCAGCAACAUAGACAGCCUACUCGCUGAGUUUGGUAUGCUGAACAGGAAGAACUGCUUGAUUGGAGAGACCGAUAACGGGAUAAGCGGCGGACAGCGAAAGCGCCUCAGCAUCAUUGCCGAGUUGGUGGCAAAGCCAGACAUACUGUUUUUGGAUGAACCAACUACCGGCCUAGACGUAUUGAACGCAUCCACCGUCAUAAAAUCGCUGAAGAACCGCGGAAAAACGGCGGUUCUAACAAUCCACCAGCCGUCCUCCAACCUGUUUUUCAUGUUUGACGACCUCAUCGUGCUGCACGAAAAGCGAAUUCUGUUGCACAUCUGCACCGAAGACAUUUUGAAAUGGCACGAGGAUAACUUCUUCAAGAUGGGCCAGAUGGUAAAUCCGGCCGAUUACCUCUUCACCGACAUCUUAAGCACAUGCCAUUUUGAGGACGGUUCGUUUUACCGGAUAGUUAAGGGCCGUAAGCACAGGAUAGUGGGCUGCACAAAGAAAUCGGAGUAUGUGUACGGCACGAAUCGUGUCUUAGACAGUUCGUUGGAGAUGGGCGGCGCAGAGAAUGAGGCGGUUAGCUCACGAUACUCAGACACCAACCGCGACGAGCACCCCUUCGGUGCAACAGAUGGCAAACAGACGGGCCACAGGCCCGAAAGGCCCUACAAACAGCGUUCUUUUGUGCACGAGUUCCUGAUCCUGACCGCACGUAAUUUUAAGAUGCUGAGCGGGAAUCAGCUCCUAUGUUUUGCGCGGGUGAUGCAGGCCACCGUGACGAGCAUCAUCAUAGGAACAAUUUAUUUAAACAUCAACAGCACUGAGCAACUCGUGUCUGAGAAGAACUCAUCGGGCUUGUUGUACUUUCUUGUCAUCAACAUGAUGUUUACGUGCUCGUUCGGUGGUGUGAGUGCAUUUUAUAAGGACGAGCACCUUGCAUACCGAGAAACAAGGAGCAAGAAGUACGGCAUACUGUGCUAUUACCUGUCGAAGCUGCUUGCCGACCUGCCAUUCGUCUUCCUGUACCCUGUUAUUGUCUUUACCGUGAUAUACAUGCUCGCAAAUCUCUCAUACUCGUACACACAGCUUGUGUGCUUUCAUUGCACCGGUCUAACGCUGAGCUACCUGUGCCACACGGUCGGUCUGCUGUUUGGCGCUGCCUUUAAGGACCAUUCGGUCACCCUGAUAAUGCUGCCGACCUUCAUCACGCCCAUCGUUACCAUAAGCGGAUUGAUGGUCAGCACGGACAGUCUGAUAGGGCCAUACAAGAUGAUGCAAUACAUCUCACCAACGAGAUACGCGUUCAACAUCGUAAUAAAGAACCAUUUUGAGGGGGAUCCAAGUGACGAAAUGCUACGAGGGCUGGUCAACAGGUUCUGUUCGAUCAGGACGUCCUUUGCUGCUUUGUUUAUUAUGAUAGCGUUCUGCAUAGUAACCGGAUAUUUCAUGUUGAGAUGGAAAAUGUACCGGCUGACCAAGUGGUAGGGAACAUGCAACAAGCACUACUGCAAUGUUUGCACAGUACUACACAUGCCUAAUCAAUCCUUUGGGCAGGCAGCAGCUGUGUAGAUGAGAUAUGCACUCCAAACAUGAAAUAAACUUUUUACCCGU